AUGCAGGACUCCAACAUCUUCACCGUGACCACUUUGGAGACUACUUUCCCCGACACCGAGACCCAGCCCGAAUGGGUGGUCAUCCGAAACGGCACCCCGGCCAGCUGCGUCCAAUUGGGCCUGUUCAACCUCUUCCAGGAUCGUCCCCCCGUCGAUCUAGUCAUCUCCGGCCCGAACCAUGGUCGCAAUGCCUCAACCGUAUACAAUCUCUCGUCUGGAACGGUCGGUGGCGCCCUCGAGGCGGCCACCUGCAGCAAGCGCGCCAUCGCCAUCUCCUUCGGAAGUAAAGAUCCCCAGCCGGAUGAGAUUAUCCGCGCAGCGGCGAGACAUGCCGUGAAGGUUGUCAAUUACCUGUACGAGCAUUGGCAUGCGGAUGUUGAGCUAUAUAAUCUGAACGUGCCGAUGCGGGAGGACGUGGAGAGCAGACCUGUGCGCUGGACGGAGGCCUUGCCCUACUACUGGCCGCGGGGUUGUAUGUAUGGAGAAGUGACCGCGGACAAGAAGGUGAAUGGACACACUGAGCCCGCCGUCAACGGGACGAGCGGGUCACAUUUCAAGGAGAUUGAUUUUACCUGGGCUGCGGAGUUAUCGGAGAUGAAGAAGACACUACAGUCGAGUCGGGAGGGGACGGAUGCGCAUACGGUGUUGAAUGGUGAUACAAGUGUUACGGCUCUUCGUGCCAAUUUCUGGCAUGUCCCUGAUCUGGAGGGGCCGAUUAAUCUUGAUGAUUGA